ACCAUCACAUUCACAGUAUAAAUAACCAAAGUGUGGGCUUUUUGGUGUUCUCUCUUGUUUGCUCUCUACACAUUCACAAUCUCACAAAGCCCUCAACUCUCUCUCUCUCUCUUGAUGGCUUCAUCCCAAGCAAGCCUCCUCCUUCAAAAACAGCUCAGAGAUCUUUCCAAGAACCCUGUCGAUGGCUUUUCCGCCGGUUUGGUCGACGAUAGCAACGUUUUUGAAUGGAGCGUUACCAUAAUUGGCCCUCCUGAUACUCUAUAUGAGGGGGGGUUUUUCAAUGCCAUCAUGAGCUUUCCAUCUAACUACCCAAAUAGCCCACCAACAGUGAAAUUCACCUCAGAGAUGUGGCAUCCCAAUGUAUAUCCUGAUGGACGGGUUUGCAUAUCUAUUCUUCACCCUCCUGGUGAUGACCCAAAUGGUUAUGAGCUUGCAAGUGAGCGAUGGACACCUGUUCAUACAGUAGAAAGUAUAGUAUUGAGUAUCAUAUCAAUGCUUUCUAGUCCUAAUGAUGAAUCUCCUGCAAAUGUUGAAGCUGCGAAAGAGUGGAGAGAUACGAGAGAUGAGUUCAAGAAGAAGGUUGGCCGCUGUGUGAGGAAGUCACAGGAAUUGUUAUGAUUCAUAGCUGGCUGGCUUACUCCUCAUUGUGCUUUUGUGAAGUGAAGGAGAGACAUACCCGUUACUGUUGAUCCGUGUAGACAGACUGCCAUUGGAACUUCGACAGCAUGCUUCUUUCUUUUCUCCGUGGUAUUUGUCUUAACAUGGAAAAACCAACUGUAUUCUAAGUUGUUUUUUGGCCAGUGUUUGGUGAUUAUUAGUUUAUUGAAAUUUUAGCUUGUUCAUUUGCAUAACCUUUUGUUAAAAUUUGAGAUUAGGCGCCAAGUUUUGCCUUUUGCUUGAUAUGGUGAUGUGCGUGUUGCGCUCUUAAUUUUGCUA